UAUUAUAUAUGUUGGAUAAAUGUAGAAAUUGUAGCGUCUGUUCUAAAAAUGUUGUAACUCCUUCAAUUGUUUUCUUCAGCGAAAAUAUUCUCUAGGGGUUUGUUGAGGAGUCAUUAACGAAAACGCGGACCAAUCAGAAACAAGUACAACUUGGAACAAAACUUGUACAGUAAUGGUAAUACGGUAAUGGGAUCUACUCCUGCACGCUUUUCUUACUUCCUACGUUGUCUCAGCAUUGAAUCAUCAGCCAAUCAGGGCAAAGAAAUUUUUAUACCUAUUUUCAUUAACGGAGCACGUUUCGGUCGGGGAGUCCUGUAAAACUUGUAGUAUUACAUAUUGUACUUUCAAUAGCUUCGUGAAACACUACCCGUACCGAACAAAAUAUAAUAUUGCAUUCUUACUUGGUUAUCGUAUAUAUACAUAGCUUUUGACAAUGUUUUGUUUGUUAUGUAUACUAAAGAUAACAAUUAAAAAAUACCGAUAGAACAAAUGCGAAAGUAUUCUAUAAAAGUAUUAAAAGUAUUACUUCGAUCGAAAAUAUUAAUAUUUGAUAAAACUAGCGAAGAGAAAUUUUAAGAACUGAAUAUGACAUUGCCUGGUAUUGGAGUUUUUGGUACUGGAAGCAUUGUAAGGAUUAUUAUUCCAUUUCUGAGAGAAAAGGGCUUUAGGAUUGAAGCUAUUUGGGGCCGCACAUUAACAGAAGUAUCUGAAGUUGCGACUGACCUAGAUAUACCAUUUCAUACUAGUCGAAUAGAUGAUGUGCUGCUCAGGAAAGAUGUUGAUUUAAUUUUUAUUAUGUGCUCACCCAGCUUACAUGCACAGAUUGCAGUGAAAGCUUUAGGCAUAGGAAAACAUGUUGUAUGUGAUAAACCCGCUGGGUUAAGUCAAAGUGAAGCCUUAAAAAUGGUGCGAGCUGCACAGUAUUACCCUUCUUUAAUAAGUAUUGUCAAUCAUAGUUUAAGAUUCUUACCAGCUUUUGUUGACAUGAAGAAGGCUUUAGAAGAGGGAUAUUUAGGUGGUGUUGUAACUGUUGUAGAAGUUAGAGUACAUAUGGGCAGCUUAUUACACAAUGGGUAUGAUUGGUUGUGCGACGAUACAAUGGGAGGAGGAAUUUUAGCAUUAGUAGGGAGUCAUGUAAUAGACUUAAUCUUUCAUUUGACUGGUCAACAUGCCUCAAAAGUACAUGCAGUAGUUCGUACUUUCACCCAAACUACAAAGCAUAUAAAUGGAAUAAGGCAUGUGACAUCACCAGACUUUUGUAGUUUUCAAAUGGAAUUGAGUGGUGGUACAUUGGUAACAGCAACUUUAAGCAACCACUUGCAAGGUCAACUUUCUCAAGAGGUAUUGAUAUGCGGAGGUGGUAAUCAUCUUCUUGCACGUGGUGGAGAUUUAUAUGGCUAUCGAAAUGGGCAAGAAGAAAUGUUAUAUCAUGAUACAGAUGAUCUGCAAGAUAUACCAUUUCCUAUUACCGAUUCCAUUCCAAGACCAUAUGUCAAGGGGCUAAGAAAUAUGAUUUCUGCAUUGAGGCAAGCUUUUCAAUCUGUGGAAGAUAAAAAAGGUUGGAUAAAGGAACCAGUAUUUUCUGCAUCAACUUUUGAGGAUGGCUUGUAUGUUCAAGCAGUUAUUGAUGCACUGCGACAAAGUAAUAAACGGCGGGAAUGGGUAAAGGUUAAUAUUUUGACAGAAGAACCAGACCCAAAUCCUUUGUUAAGCGCAGCUGUUAGAGCCACAGCUAUUUCUAUAUAAAGUAAAUAAUGUACAAAGACUGGUUUAAUUAUACAGUUAUGUUUAGUGUUACUAAUCAGAAAUCAGCUACAGAGAGAAAUAAUAAUGACUAAUUACAACUUUUACUAAAAAGGUAGCUCUAUAUACAAAUUAAUAUCUAUUAUUAAAUCUAGAUUAACUAUUUAUUUAUUUCAUUGGAGAUACUAAAAAUAUGGAAAUCAUAUUGUAAAUAUGUAUACAAAUACACAUGAAAUAAACAAAUUUUUCAAUUUGUUUAGAAUCAUAUAAUUCACAUUAACAAAACGAUACAUACAUCAUGAAAAUAUUUAUUUAUAUAUCGAGAAAACUAUUUAUGUCUGAAAAUACAAAGAAAUA